GGGCACAUGGGGAGGCAACAGUCACAACUCACGCCUGUGAAUGAACAGUCCCAGCGGCUCGAUGACUCUUAUAGGAGGAGCUGCUCUCAUUCUCAAGUCUCCUACAUUUAAGAGCACCCAAGCGGACUGUAUACAGGAGAUUAUCCUUCUGAAUAGUUGAGAAGUCUUGACAAUCUCGCGUUCGAAUUCAAACAAAGAUGGAUUGUGUCUAACAUGGGUUUUUAAAUUGUAUUCAAACAACUCCACGUCGGCUUUUCUGUGCUCCGAUGAUUUUAUCUGGAAGUCUUGAAGAGCAGCGAGGACUAAACUACGAUGUGAUCAUUUCUAUCCAAAGAUGUUACGAAAAGUUAACGAAGCAAGUUGGAACACAUCGUGGACACUAAUACAGUGUUUCUGGCUAUAAAGUCCGUAUAGAUGCGAAUCUGAAAGGCAAAGAAAGUGUUUUUGUCCAAUGCAGCGGAACAGCAGUCUCGUUUCCAUUUGGCUUCAGCUCGAGCUGUGCGCGAUGGCUGUUCUCCUCACUAAAGGAGAAAUACGGUGUUACUGCGAUGCCCCCCAUUGUGUGGCCACCGGUUACAUGUGCAAAUCAGAGCUGAAUGCCUGUUUCACCCGCACCUUGGACCCUCAAAGUGCCACGUCUCCUUUAUCUCAUGGAUGCUACGACCCUCUGUUGAACUCUGGAAAAACUUGCCAUCCAGAGUCUACCCAUGACACCAUUCAUGGAUCUGCCACACUUCAGUGUUGCCAUGAGGAUAUGUGCAAUUACAGAGGCCUGCAAGAUGUCACAUACAGAGGAAGUGAAAUUCAUGACAAACGGCGACAUCAGACCGAAGGUAGCCGUCACGUGAUUGCACGACUACAGGAAAUUCCUUCCUCCAAGGAGGUAUGGUUCCGUGCUGCGGUCAUCACUGUACCCAUUGCCGGCGGCCUCAUCUUGGUCCUCCUCAUCAUGCUCGCCCUGCGUAUGCUGCGCAGUGAAAACCGCAGACUGCGACAACAACGGAGAGAAAUGCUGUCUCGCCUUCAUUACAGCUUUCAUGGCCAACACCUCACCAAGAGUCAUGUGGCGCAACUGGACUUAGAGUGUAUGGUUCCAGUAGGAGGCCAUGAGAACUGCUGCCUGACCUGCGACAAGAUUCAGCAGUCCGACCUUACCAGCCAAAGACUUCUUUCAUUGGUCAGCUGGGGAAAGUAUAGUGGCCAAGGCAAGCUGGAGUUUGUGUGAUGGCUUAAGAAUUUGCUUUCCUCCGUGAGACUUGUUUGGCUAAAACUUUUUAUACGUUUUAUUUCCACCGUUCUAAAAGAGGUACUACAAACAAGAACUCAAAAGAGUACACUUGAAAGCUCUAACCAUAUGGUUGUUGCUCUUGAAGCACUUUACUUGAAUUAGAGACUUUGAGGAGAAGACUGCUUGUAUUAUAGGCUGCGACGAGGAGCGGCUUCGUGCUGGUAUUCUUUAUCACCGAAGGAUUCCAAAAAAAUGUAUUUUGGUUUUAUCAUUUGCACUUUUUGUAUAAAGAAUCCAUGGUUUAUUUGCUUUAAUAGUGGAGUAAAACCAGUGUAUCAACACUUGUAAAAAAAAUUGUAGGGGUACAAUAUCUUGUCACUGGGGCAGUACCCUCAAAGGGACAUCUUUGUACCUUGUUUAGCCCUAAUAGUCAAAGGUACCUUAAGGAUACAUGUUAUUCAUCUAAGGUAUUAAUAUACACUUUUUAGGGGUAGAUAAGGUCUUGGUGACAUGCUGUUGUAUCAGUAAGGUAGUUUUUGCUAAUUUUCACAGUGAAUGAUGACCGCUGCUGUGUGAAUGUAUGACUCUCAAUGUUAAAGGGAUAGUUCGCUGAAAAUAUACAUUUCUGAAACCAUUUACUCACUUUCAAACUCAAAAAUAUGGGCUUUCUGUUGUUUUUGAUCAUACAGUGCCUCUGAAAUGGACAUAAAGGUUGUGUAUAAAUUGAAGUCAUCCAUAUCCAUAACUCAAGUCAUUUUAUUAAUUUUCUGAAGCAUCAUGUCCACUUAAAACAACAAGCCAAACAAUUUACACGGUUUAUCAUAUCAAAUCAUUGAUAAACUUGUGUAUACAGAGCACAAAUGUGCCAAAAACGUCAAACCUUAUCGGUGCAUGUGUCAUAAUCUAAAGGAGGUUAAAAGUUUUGAACUUUCAUUGUUUGGAAAAAAAACAUACACCAGAAACAUUCUCCAAAUACAUUAAUUUGUGUUCCGCAGAAAAUAAUAGACUGAAAUGUCAUGAGGGUGAGUAAAUGAUCACCAGAUUUUAAGCAUUUUGACGAACAAUCCCUUUAACAUUUCACCAGUCAUCUCUGACCUGCUUGUAGAUUGUGCUCACUGUAAAGAUGUUUCACUGUAAAUAUUACAUGUUCAACAAGGAA